CGAAAUGAAACCUGGAAUGGUGAUACAGAAAUGCCUUUGAUUCAACUGCAGUGUCUAGAUUGUUCUCCAUUCUACUGCGCACAGCUGCGCAUGUCAGACGCAACUUUGACGCUUUCGACACACCCACAAUUACGACCAAAUUCUCAGACUCGUUCAUUGCAGCAGUCGCUAUCAUUUCCAACAGCAACCUUGUGUGUCAUGUACAGAUCUCGCGAGAGCAUUAGCUGUUUCUGCUGGCGAACUGAGCUGCAGCAGGCUGAGGCACACUGCGAGAAGGUAAGAGGGGACGCACAUCAUGGCGGACAGAGACAGUGGCAGUGAGCAAGGAGGAUUCGCCACGGGCCCUGGAUCCUUCCCGAUGCACCCGUCCCGACUCCAACAUGACACCGAGGAGCUUGCCUCCAAACGCGUUGACAUCCAGAACAAGCGCUUCUACUUGGACGUCAAGCAGAACGCUAAAGGCCGCUUCCUAAAGAUAGCCGAGGUCGGGGCCGGGGGAAACAAGAGCCGCCUGACUCUGUCGAUGUCAGUAGCUGUGGAGUUCCGUGACUACUUAGGGGACUUCAUCGAGCAUUACGCCCAGCUCGGCCCUAGUAAUCCGGAGACGGUGCAAGACGAACCCCGGCGGGCCCUGAAGAGCGAGUUUCUGGUUCGCGAGAAUCGAAAGUAUUACAUGGAUCUAAAAGAAAACCAGAGGGGGCGGUUUCUGAGGAUCCGUCAGACCGUGAAUCGGGGGCCCGGAUUGGGAACUGCACAAGGCCAAACCAUAGCUCUUCCAGCCCAGGGACUCAUUGAGUUCCGUGACGCGCUGGCUAAACUCAUUGAUGAUUACGGAGUGGACGAGGAGCCCGCAGAGCUACCGGAAGGCACUUCACUCACGGUGGACAAUAAGCGCUUCUUCUUCGAUGUCGGCUCGAACAAGUACGGAGUGUUCAUGCGCGUUAGCGAGGUGAAGCCGACCUACCGCAACUCCAUCACGGUGCCCUGCAAAGUCUGGUCCAAAUUCGGUGCAACCUUCUGUAAAUAUGCGGACGAGAUGAAGCGCAUCCAGGAGCGGAGUAGAGAGAGGAGGGCACGCGAGCUACUACCGGAGGGCCUACAUGGAGACGAAGGAGACGAGGACUGAUGGAUAUGAAAAGGAUUUUCACACGAGACAGAGGGAGAGAGAACACGACAGAAUUACAGAGUGAGAGAGAACGCUGAACGGAAAUUGAAAUAUAUACGAGAUACGGAAUGACAUUUAAUCAGCCGUUACUGUUAUUGUUAAAAGCGCGAUAGAAAAUUCCAAGGGAUCACCCCUACCACAACCUUCACACAGACUUGCAGUCACAUCUCACUCAUCACCGGAAAAUACCCACUUACCCACCAGACUACAGUAAGCCGCUGCUAUCAGUAACAUUGGUCUAUGAACUGUUUUCUGCUCACAAAAUGAUAAUGGACCGGCGAUUAUGUCACCCCGGUCAGCAGCCAGUUUUGUACACGUCCAGGCCAUUGAAAUGGGUUCCAAAGUGCAAAUUCAAGAUGUUAUAGUGAAAAAAGAGGAUCUAUAUAUAGAUAUAUAUUAUACAUUUUUAUGUGUGCUACCGUUUGACUCCAGCACAAAUCAAAUAAUCUAGGAGUUUUAUGAAAUAAAACUUCAGCAUAGAAGUUUACACAGAGUAUUAUGGUACGCAAAAGCAAGGCCCUGGUAUCCGUUUGUGCACUCUGUGCACAGACUUUGGCGGACGCAUCAACAAACAUCUAUCCGGAAAACGAGAAAGAAACGAAAGUAAGCACGCAUUUGAAGAAUUAGAGGUACUAUAUUUUAUAUCGUUCGCCAUUAAAAAGGUAGAGACGGCAAACGAGAGCGCCAAGUCAGAGAACACGUUGUAACGAUGACUUGUAGUCCUAAUAUUGAAUAUCAGUCCACAGCACCGUACCCCCAUGGGCAAAUGGUAUGACAAAAAGUGCUAACUUAGGUAUACAAAUUAUGAUUUUGUGAAUCAGAUAUAUUUAAAUUCUAAACAUGCCCACGUUUUCUGUGGGAGUAUUCUUUUUUUUUCCUUUAUGGGGAGGGGGUAUGGGAGGCAGGAGCUGUCCACCAGUGCGAGCUUUGAGUCCAGUUUUGGAAGAGAAGAAUCCAGUGGGGGCUGCACGUAAUCCCCGCGUGGAUCGUCCUCUACGACGUCAAAAAACAACCUGGUGCCUUAUCCCUGCUCCACACGUUUACAUACUCCACGCGCCCCGACUCUUCCGAUCACUGUUUCGUCUUUCUUCGUUUUUGGUUCACUGCAGACGCGUGACCGCGUCAUUUGUGGUGCUCCUCUACGGACUUGCCAUUAGCAGCCAAACUCAGACACACAAACUCCUCGGCUCUCUCUCUCUGUCUUGUCACCGGGAGAGGCGAGCGGUGAUCUAUGAAGAUCUAGCCGGGCAGUGAUGUAAACAUGGAUGAGACACCCGGAGGGAUGGGGGGACACGUAAUACUCUGUGUGAAACUAACAGUAAAGUUUUACAUGUAUGCUGUCCCGUCGGUUUGUGUGGACAGGGGUGUUGGUGCGUGCAGGGGGACAGGGCGUUUUUAUGGUGCUACUACCCACGCGCUUCGUGGGUUUUUGCCGGUCUUGCUAAAAAAAAUCAGUUUGCUUACCUGUUUGUUUUCGUCGAUGUGACAUCACACGAAAUGUUGUCAUAUUCCAGCGCAUAUUCAGUGCUACAAUGCUAACAUUUCAAUAUCGCGUGCAAUAUGGUUGCCUACGUGCCAACCGUGGCAUUUUUUGUGUACCGAUGGAACCAGUUCUCUCUGUUAGACGCAUAGGACUGAAUUCAUUUUUGAAAAUAGAUAUGUGAAGCACUUCCUGGCACUUAUUCCUUUUCAAACACGCAAAAUACAAAUAGAAUUAAAUGUAUAAAUGAACGGAUAAUAGUUUUCCCAGUGGAUAGCCAAGUCCCUGCGUUGCGUAGUGCGCCACAGGCAAUAGGUUACCUUUACGCACGGCUGUGGAGACGCACAAAGCCUAGACGUACAUCUCUACUCGUGGCUUUUCCCGGCACUUUAUGUACGGUGAUGAGUUGUGCCUGUGCUCCGACCUGCGACGCAGCGCCAACGCUGCAUAAAACCCAGUCACAGGCACUCCACCGGGGGACGUUCCCAUGUAGUUCGCUGCUCAAGCGUGUUUGAAACAUUCUCACUCUCUCUUGAAGCUCAGAGUUACUGGCACAGUGCUCGGCCAAAAGAGAGGCUUAAAUUAUAUAUAUAUAAAAACAUCGAAGAAUGUUGUUUAAUGAAAACAGUCUAACAGAAAAUACGUUUUGUUUUUCUUUACUUAUUUUACUCCCUUUAUAAACAUGCUAACCAUUUCCUGGGUUGAAGAAGGCUAUGAGCUUUUUGUUCAGCUUCUUAAUUUAUGCACCUUGUCCUCAGUGGUCCUUUUCAUACAUGUGAAGCAGCAGCCGUAGACCUAUGGCCAGGCUGCCUUGUGUAUAGUUACAAUAUGGGGGCAGAGCUGGCCCAGUUUGGGCCUGGAUAUGGCACACGUGCAAGCCAGAGGUUAUCCAGUGUGCCACCCCAGGCCUCUCUCCUCUCUGGCCUCACACCCACCCACCCAGUUUCUCAUUGCAAUGCCAGUACGCAGUCUGUGGUAACUCACGGGGGAAAGAUCAGACUUGCCAUUCAGUGCAGGGCACAUUGACCCUUCGUUAUGUCCUGCAUCGUAGGCCGGGUGUACUUGCAUGCAUAUGUGUAGAGAGAGAGAGAGAGAGAGAGAGAGAGGGCUACUUAUAAAGUAAGACGUUCGGCUUCCUCUGAGUUUUUUUUUUUGACCAUGAUGCACCCAUCCCUUUGGAGGACUCUCUCACACACAAACUUGGCUAGCUCCCCCCUUUUCUGUAUGGUGUUAGAUGUAAAAAAAACUAUAGAAAAUGGAAACUGGAAACCACCCAGGCUUUUCUCUAACUCUGUGAUGGGUGGUACAUCCACAGACCACAACAGCAGAGCCAUAGCAGGGGGCCAUUAAGAAACAUGAGACAAAACACACAAGAAGAAACACAACAUACAUUUGUACAGAAAUGCCUCUGAAAAUGCUCAAAAACAUACGCACAUCUUUUAUUUUCUAAGUGAUUCUUUAAAAAGAGACUUUUUUUUUGCUUAUCCUUAAGGUGCUUAAAUGGCACUAAAACAGCUCUUUCUUUUUCUGUGUGUGUGCGUGUGUAUGUGUGUGUGUGUGUGUGUGUGUGUGAGCAACUGAACAGCACUACGGGUGCUUUUCUUAGUGCACACUGCCUGGCUUAGAAGCAGUGCAAAAGAGGAGACCAAUCAAAAUCAGAUGUUAUGAUUGUUUCCAUAGCAACGACCUCUGACCUCCCCUUAGGUGGAGCCUGUAUAGCCAGAGAUGUCUGUGCUGCCCUCCGCGCUGCGACAGUACAGUGAUGAUGAUGCUUGGUCCUUUUCUUGAGCUGUAAAAAACGUGUUGUGGUGGCACUUUGUUUCCUUUUUGGUGUUAGUCAAAAAAAAAACCUUCUAGAGGUGCUUCUUCUGCUCUCUCCUGCCAUUGCCUGUCUCUGUAUGUGUUUGUGGGUCUCUUUACGUGUGUAGGUGCUGACAAACAGAUCAGUGAUGGCUGAUCUGGAGUACAAAAAAAUAAAUAAGAUUUUAAAAUCCUAUAAUGAGCUCAGAUAGUCAAGAGAAAACCCACGAGAGCAAAAAAAGGUGCAUUUUAACAACAUUCUAGGAUAGCGUGUGUGAGAGCGAGAGUUUUGUGCGAAAGAAAAACAAAACCCUGUUGUAGAGGAGAGCAUUUUCAUGGACAGAACUGGGCACACUCUCACCUGUCGCCUGUUCUCUGUGUUUCCCUGAGUCCCCUCUCUCAGUUCUUCCCCGACGUGUUGGCACUCUCUGAAGAGGCAUUCCUUUCCAAACAGGCUGACGGGGGUUAUGGCCCCCCACUCGUCCUUUCUGUUGAUGCCAAUGCAUCAGUUUCCAUGUUUGUGUUGACUAAAUGAUUUGCGAGGGUGUAACGUGUGUGUGUGCGUGUGUGUGUAUGUGUGUGUGUGUGUGUGUGCGCGUGUGUGCGCGCGUGUGUGUGCGCGCGUGCAAGAGCUGAAGAUCUCCACAGUGAUUGUUACUGGCCAAUGCUCCACGAACUCUCCCAGACAGAAGGGAUGUCAUGAAAUACUUCCGUGGCGUUUCACUCCCACUCAGCACCGGGGCUCCAGACUACAGCAAGACUACAGGCCUCAGUGGGGGGUGCCGGGGGGUGAGCGUAUUAGUGGUGUGAUGGGGUGGUUGUAUGAGAUGGGAGGGGCCGGGGGCAGUAUCGGUUCUAAGAGGCAGAGGUCCACUGCACAAGGACAUCUCACACAUAUCCUCUGUCAUGCUUCUUUUAAACCCAAACAAAUGUGUUGUACUUUCAAAAAAAAUCUCUAUAUAAAUAUAAAUAUGAAUAUAUAUAUGGCCUGUGGUGUGUGUGUAUAUAUGGUUUGUUACAUAUGAUGCUCCUCUUUAUGGAAAAAGAUAACAUAUAGAUAUAUCUCUCUAUAUAAAUAUAUAUAAAAUAUAAAUAUAUAAAUCCAUACAGGAAAAGCAUAUUGCUGUUUCUUUUUUCUUUCUUUGAAUUUUGUACUUAACAGAAGCAUUGAAUCAAAUGGAUGAAUACUUGCACUUUAAAUGUAUUAAGAAAAGUAAAAAAAAAAUCUGCAUAUUAUUUUUGAUAGGAGAAUCUCACAUUUAAAGAAACAUGAAAUUACUUUCCAGGCUAUGUGACAAUUUACUGUCGGGCAGAAAUGUAUCAAGCUCUUCUUCCUUCCUGAAGUCUAUUUUGUGUGUGUUGGAGCUGGUUAACUGAACUCAACUGCAUGGUGACGCAGUAGUGAAGACUCUUCUUUUCUCUAGUUGGUUUGAAAAAGAAAAAGAAAAUCAAACAAAAAAAUUACAAAAAAAACUUAAACAAAAAAAUCCUUAAAAAAACAAAUUUGUCUGAUGAUUAAAACAACUGUGAUCAACAAACUCAUGCAUCCAUGUUUAACUUUUCUCACUAUUCUAGAGUAUUCCUUAUUUUUUGUUUCCCUUUUUCUUCUCACAUGAAUAUGGUGCUUAAAUUGGCUUAGAACUAUUCAAAUCUGUACUCUUAAUUGUCAUAGACAUCAUCACCAUUACUACCAUCGUUGUCAGCGGGAUAAGCUGUAUCUUACUGUUUUUUCUCCAUUCCUUGCUGUUUGUGUAUCCUCACCACUUAAUGAAGUUUCUGUUGUUGGUAAACGGUGUGUUUUGUACAGGUACAAUGUUUUCUGAGUUGGAGAGCCCUCUUUUUUGUCUGAAAAUGACUAAUUGCAAUAAAACAUUCAUUCCUCCCAAAGAUGCUUCUGUUGUUUUGGGUGUUCUGAGGAGUUGUGGAGUCAACCAAAUGAAUUGUUACAUGGAGGGACGAUGUGUAAGAUCGGAUCAGAUAUGAGUCUGACCAC